AUGUCUCUCGGCAAGAAGGUCACCUUGAACACUGGGGCUCCGAUCCCUCAAUUGGGCUUUGGUACUUGGCAAUCUGCCCCCGGUGAAGUCGGCAAUGCAGUCUACGAGGCUCUCAAGGCCGGUUAUCGUCAUUUGGAUCUGGCUACCAUCUACCAAAACCAGCGCGAAGUUGCAACCGGAAUCAAGCGCGCUUUCAAGGAGAUUCCCGGCCUGAAGCGCGAGGAUCUCUUCAUUACUUCCAAGUUGUGGAACAGCCAACACCGACCGGAAAUCGUCGAGGCAUCACUCGAUGCAUGCCUUGCCGAGUUGGAGCUUGAUUACUUGGAUCUCUACCUGGUGCACUGGCCCGUCGCAUUCAAGCAGGGUAAUGAAUAUUUCCCCCGCGUGGAGGGCAGCACGGUCGAAGGUGGCGAUGUCGUCAUUGACAAUGAAGUUUCCAUUGUCGAUACCUGGAAGGCAAUGACCAAGCUUCCCAAGAGCAAGGCUCGCGCCGUGGGUGUCUCCAACCACACCAUUGAACACCUCGAAGCGAUCAUCCAAGGCACCGGCGUGGUGCCCGCUGCCAAUCAAAUUGAACGUCAUCCCGUCCUUCAGAGCAAGGACUUGGUCGAAUACUGCCAGAACAAGGGCAUUCACAUCACUGCCUAUUCUGCCUUUGGAAACAACAAUGUCGGAGUGCCUCUGCUCAUCACCCGCCCCGAGAUCAAGGAAGUUGCCGACGCCGUCGCCAAGCGAACCGGCCAGGAGGUGACUGGCGCUCAUGUCAUCCUCGCCUGGUCGCAGAUUGGCGGUCACAGCGUGAUUCCCAAGUCCGUCACUCCGUCGCGCAUUCGCGACAACUUCAAGGAAAUUGAGCUCACCUCCGAAGAGGCCGAGAAAGUCAGUGCCCUGGGCAAGGACCGGAAGCGUUACAACCUUCCUUUCCCUAACUAUAAGCCUCGCUGGAACAUCAACAUCUUCGGCGAGCCCGAGGAGGCGCCUGCUACCUACAAGGUCAAGCUGUGA